CUCAGCUCUGCUGGUGUGUCGUGUCGUGAGAUAUUGCAAGAACAGCAGAAUUAACGGUGAAAUAUGAAAGUGCAAAUCUGUUUUUUUCUGCUGAGCGUUCUAUUGGGCUCAAAUGCAUUGCCAAGACUGCAACGAGACCUUGAAUCUGCAAGAGCUUCAGAGCUUCCAAAGCCAGAAGUUCAAUUAAUCCCACAAGCACAGGAACUUUCAGUUGGAGAUUUAGCAGUGAUAAAAUGUACAACUCCUGCUGGUCUACCUGGACUAAAACGAUUUUCUUGGUUUGGACCAAACGACCAGAUUCUGAGAUCUUCCUAUCCUGACCUUAUAGCUAAGGGUGACACUUUGAUGAUUCUUGCUGUAUCACUUAAGGAUGCAGGGCGAUACACUUGCAGAGUUAAAAGUUCUUUAGGGAAAUUUUCAGCUGUUGCAACAAUAGCUGUGUCUUCACCUCCCCCCUGUGAGGUUGCUCUGCCUCAUAUAGUCAAAAAGCCAGAAAACGUGACUGUUUAUCUCAAUGCAAGUGGACUGAUUGAGGCUGCUCUCUGUACAAACUAUUCCUUGUUGUUGAAGCCAAGCAAUUUGCAGAAGGUUGCAAAGCAUGCUGCCACUCACUACAGACUACGUCCACAUCUUGCUGAACAUCUCAAUGCAAUUCAAGUCUUGGAUACUCUAAACAUUAUCAAUGCAACUGCUUUGUUUGACAGCAAGAUUUUAAGAAGUUUGUCUGAACUGCAGCAAGUAGUCAACAAUUCUGACCUUUUAACGUUAGAUUUCAACAUCAAUGUUGACUUGCUAGUCAAUGCUUCAGAUCUUCCCUUGCAGUCAGCAAUCAAUCGUUCUGCAGCUGUUGCUAAUGCUGUCAAAGUAUUGAAUGGCAGUCAUAAUCUUGGAGUCUUCUUGCCUGCACCUGCUACUUGUCCACAAUAUCAAGAGGUGUUUAAUAACACCAUCUACUUGCCAUGUGAAACAAAACCAGACCCCGAAACAGUAGUUAACGUUACCUUUUAUCAUAAUGGUCUUCCUGUUGACAAAAGCGACCGACGAUUCCAGUUCCAUCGAGGUGGACUACUAGUACGAAAUGUUUCCCCAACCCUUGCUGGAAACUACACGUGUGUCGCAGUCAAACGUUGUGCAAGCAGCUCGGUUUCCAGUUUUGUUAAUGUGACUGCACUUUUGCCUUCUUCUGCUCCUGCUGUUGUCUCUGAUCGUUACUUUACUGAGUCCGUGUUAUAUGAUGAAUAUCCAGCUCUUCGGUUAUCAAACAUUUCUUCUGAAAACCUCACGUUUUCCAACUUCAGUUCACCAUAUUUGGAGCUGAACAACUUGUUACCAAUCAAUCUAACAUUUGUCAAUGUCAGCAUUGGUCGCAUUCGUAUUGCCAACAGCUCCCAACUGUCAAACGUUUCUUUUGUGAACAGCACAAUUGGUCUACUGGAGCUGGUCAAUUCUAGUGCAGCACAAUUCUCUGUUGUCUCUGCCAAUAUCAGCUCUGGCUUGCUCUUGAAUGUUUCACUCACAAAUACCCUGUAUCUCAAUACAACAUUUGUCAAUUAUAGCAUGAUCAAUUAUACUUCUAUCAAUCACACUUCAGUUAAUGUUACUCAACUACACGGUGCACUAAUCAACCUGACAUUUGUCAACUACACUGGAAUCAAUGUUACACAAGUCAAUCUGACACAUCUGAAUGUGUCCUAUGUGAAUUCUACCUUCUACAACUAUUCCAUUGCAGAGUCUCGUUUGUCAAAUGUCAGUCACAUCAAUGUGACAAGCUACCUAUACAAUCUAACCAAUGUCACGUCAAUCAAUGCUUCCAGCAUCAAUGUGACAAACCUCAACUUCACAGCUUACAAUCUGACUCUCAUCAAUGGGACUGAAUAUAAUGUCUCGUAUGUCAAUUCGAGUGCCUACCUGUACCUUGCAAUCAAUGCAACUCAGAAUAUGACCAGCCACACAAACUUUACCUUUGUCAAUGUCAGCUGGAUCAACGUGACUUCUCUAAAUCACACAUCAAUCAACGUGACACAACUGAACAUCACAACAGAGAACUUGUAUCUGCUAAACUACACUGCAGUCAAUGUGACAUUUGUCAACCUGACAUCUCUGAAUGUGUCCAUUGUGAAUUCCACAUUCCAUAAUUACACUAUCACAGAAGCUCAGCUGAAGAAUGUUAGUUAUAUCAACACUACCACUUACCUGUAUAAUCUAACUAAUGUCACAUCAAUCAAUGCUUCGAGCAUCAAUGUGACGAACCUCAACUUCACAGCUUACAAUCUGACUCUCAUCAAUGGAACUGAAUACAAUGUCUCGUAUGUCAAUUCGAGUGCCUACCUGUACCUUGCAAUCAAUGCAACUCAGAAUAUGACCAGUCACACAAACUUUACCUUUGUCAAUGUCAGCUGGAUCAACGUGACUUCUCUAAAUCACACAUCAAUCAACGUGACACAACUGAACAUCACAACAGAGAACUUGUAUCUGCUAAACUACACUGCAGUCAAUGUGACAUUUGUCAACCUGACAUCUCUGAAUGUGUCCAUUGUGAAUUCCACAUUCCAUAAUUACACUAUCACAGAAGCUCAGCUGAAGAAUGUUAGUUAUAUCAACACUACCACUUACCUGUAUAAUCUAACUAAUGUCACAUCCAUCAAUGCUUCCAGCAUCAAUGUGACGAACCUCAACUUCACAGCUUACAAUCUGACUCUCAUCAAUGGAACUGAAUACAAUGUCUCGUAUGUCAAUUCGAGUGCCUACCUGUACCUUGCAAUCAAUGCAACUCAGAAUAUGACCAGUCACACAAACUUUACCUUUGUCAAUGUCAGCUGGAUUAAUGUCACUUCUCUAAAUCACACAUCAAUCAAUGUAACACUACUGAACAUCACAACAGAGAACUUGUAUCUGCUAAACUACACUGCAGUCAACGUCAUUCAAGUCAACUUGACAUCUCUAAAUAUCUCCAUUGUGAACUCGACCUUGUACAACUAUUCUAUCGCAGAAGCUCAGCUGAAGAAUGUUAGUUAUAUCAACACUACCACUUACCUGUAUAAUCUAACUAAUGUCACAUCCAUCAAUGCUUCCAGCAUCAAUGUGACGAACCUCAACUUCACAGCUUACAAUCUGACUCUCAUCAAUGGAACUGAAUACAAUGUCUCGUAUGUCAAUUCGAGUGCCUACCUGUACCUUGCAAUCAAUGCAACUCAGAAUAUGACCAGUCACACAAACUUUACCUUUGUCAAUGUCAGUUGGAUCAACGUGACUUCUCUAAAUCACACAUCAAUCAACGUGACACAACUGAACAUCACAACAGAGAACUUGUAUCUGCUAAACUACACUGCAGUCAACGUGACAUUUGUCAACCUGACAUCUCUGAAUGUGUCCAUUGUGAAUUCCACAUUCCAUAAUUACACUAUCACAGAAGCUCAGCUGAAGAAUGUUAGUUAUAUCAACACUACCACUUACCUGUAUAAUCUAACUAAUGUCACAUCCAUCAAUGCUUCCAGCAUCAAUGUGACAAACCUCAACUUCACAGCUUACAAUCUGACUCUCAUCAAUGGAACUGAAUACAAUGUCUCGUAUGUCAAUUCGAGUGCCUACCUGUACCUUGCAAUCAAUGCAACUCAGAAUAUGACCAGUCACACAAACUUUACCUUUGUCAAUGUCAGCUGGAUCAACGUGACUUCUCUAAAUCACACAUCAAUCAACGUGACACAACUGAACAUCACAACAGAGAACUUGUAUCUGCUAAACUACACUGCAGUCAAUGUGACAUUUGUCAACCUGACAUCUCUGAAUGUGUCCAUUGUGAAUUCCACAUUCCAUAAUUACACUAUCACAGAAGCUCAGCUGAAGAAUGUUAGUUAUAUCAACACUACCACUUACCUGUAUAAUCUAACUAAUGUCACAUCAAUCAAUGCUUCCAGCAUCAAUGUGACGAACCUCAACUUCACAGCUUACAAUCUGACUCUCAUCAAUGGAACUGAAUACAAUGUCUCGUAUGUCAAUUCGAGUGCCUACCUAUACCUUGCAAUCAAUGCAACUCAGAAUAUGACCAGUCACACAAACUUUACCUUUGUCAAUGUCAGCUGGAUCAACGUGACUUCUCUAAAUCACACAUCAAUCAACGUGACACAACUGAACAUCACAACAGAGAACUUGUAUCUGCUAAACUACACUGCAGUCAAUGUGACAUUUGUCAACCUGACAUCUCUGAAUGUGUCCAUUGUGAAUUCCACAUUCCAUAAUUACACUAUCACAGAAGCUCAGCUGAAGAAUGUUAGUUAUAUCAACACUACCACUUACCUGUAUAAUCUAACUAAUGUCACAUCAAUCAAUGCUUCCAGCAUCAAUGUGACGAACCUCAACUUCACAGCUUACAAUCUGACUCUCAUCAAUGGAACUGAAUACAAUGUCUCGUAUGUCAAUUCGAGUGCCUACCUAUACCUUGCAAUCAAUGCAACUCAGAAUAUGACCAGUCACACAAACUUUACCUUUGUCAAUGUCAGCUGGAUCAACGUGACUUCUCUAAAUCACACAUCAAUCAACGUGACACAACUGAACAUCACAACAGAGAACUUGUAUCUGCUAAACUACACUGCAGUCAAUGUGACAUUUGUCAACCUGACAUCUCUGAAUGUGUCCAUUGUGAAUUCCACAUUCCAUAAUUACACUAUCACAGAAGCUCAGCUGAAGAAUGUUAGUUAUAUCAACACUACCACUUACCUGUAUAAUCUAACUAAUGUCACAUCAAUCAAUGCUUCCAGCAUCAAUGUGACGAACCUCAACUUCACAGCUUACAAUCUGACUCUCAUCAAUGGAACUGAAUACAAUGUCUCGUAUGUCAAUUCGAGUGCCUACCUAUACCUUGCAAUCAAUGCAACUCAGAAUAUGACCAGUCACACAAACUUUACCUUUGUCAAUGUCAGCUGGAUCAACGUGACUUCUCUAAAUCACACAUCAAUCAACGUGACACAACUGAACAUCACAACAGAGAACUUGUAUCUGCUAAACUACACUGCAGUCAAUGUGACAUUUGUCAACCUGACAUCUCUGAAUGUGUCCAUUGUGAAUUCCACAUUCCAUAAUUACACUAUCACAGAAGCUCAGCUGAAGAAUGUUAGUUAUAUCAACACUACCACUUACCUGUAUAAUCUAACUAAUGUCACAUCCAUCAAUGCUUCCAGCAUCAAUGUGACAAACCUCAACUUCACAGCUUACAAUCUGACUCUCAUCAAUGGAACUGAAUACAAUGUCUCGUAUGUCAAUUCGAGUGCCUACCUGUACCUUGCAAUCAAUGCAACUCAGAAUAUGACCAGUCACACAAACUUUACCUUUGUCAAUGUCAGCUGGAUCAACGUGACUUCUCUAAAUCACACAUCAAUCAACGUGACACAACUGAACAUCACAACAGAGAACUUGUAUCUGCUAAACUACACUGCAGUCAAUGUGACAUUUGUCAACCUGACAUCUCUGAAUGUGUCCAUUGUGAAUUCCACAUUCCAUAAUUACACUAUCACAGAAGCUCAGCUGAAGAAUGUUAGUUAUAUCAACACUACCACUUACCUGUAUAAUCUAACUAAUGUCACAUCCAUCAAUGCUUCCAGCAUCAAUGUGACGAACCUCAACUUCACAGCUUACAAUCUGACUCUCAUCAAUGGAACUGAAUACAAUGUCUCGUAUGUCAAUUCGAGUGCCUACCUGUACCUUGCAAUCAAUGCAACUCAGAAUAUGACCAGUCACACAAACUUUACCUUUGUCAAUGUCAGCUGGAUUAAUGUCACUUCUCUAAAUCACACAUCAAUCAAUGUAACACUACUGAACAUCACAACAGAGAACUUGUAUCUGCUAAACUACACUGCAGUCAACGUCAUUCAAGUCAACUUGACAUCUCUAAAUAUCUCCAUUGUGAACUCGACCUUGUACAACUAUUCUAUCGCAGAAGCUCAGCUGAAGAAUGUUAGUCACAUCAACGUAACUCGUUUCCUUUACAACCUGACUAAUGUGGUAGUCAUUAACUCCUCAUUGUACAAUGAUUCCAGCUUGUUGUUCACUGCUAUCAAUGUGAGUGUGGUGAACUGUUCACGUUAUAAUGUGUCUUUCCUCAACUCAUCCUUUGUCAACUAUACUGUCAAACAUGCAUUCUUUCUUAACGUGAGCUACAUCAACGUGACAUCAAUUGGUUACAACUCUACAAAUGUCUCCUCAGUUAAUGAGACAAGCAUCAAUGUAACACAUCUCAACUACACUGCUAUCAAUGGGACGUUCUUCAAUGGAACGUUGCAAAAUGUCUCGUAUGUCAAUUCAAGUUUGAUUGGUGUGCUGUUUGCUAACCUCAAUCUUUCCACCACAAAUUACACUAACUUGACAAUGAUUAACGUCACUUUGUUCAACAUUUCAUCAUUUAACCAUACAUCAGUAAACGUGUCAACCGAGAAUGUGACAAUGAUAGAUGUUAUCCAUGACAACUACACUGGCUUGAAUGUGACUCAUCGUAAUCUUACAGCAUUGAAUGUGACAUACAACAGCUCUUCCCUCGGAAAUGUCACAUUAUAUAAUUUGACGUCAUCUUUCCUCGUAUUCAACAACUCUCUUUACAGCAAUGUUUCAUUCAUCAAUGCUAGUUUAGUUGCCUCUCAGCUAGUCAGCGGUUCAAGCUUCAAUCUGUCUUUUGUCAAUUCUAGCUUGUAUCACGUUUUGCUUACAAAUCACAGUGCUGAACUUCUGCUGUUCUCAAGGUCUGUGGCAAAGAACCUGACAUUGGAAAAGUUUAAACUACACAAGUCUUUGCUAUACAACUCCACUAUCAUCUCGGCAUCAUUUAUUGAGUCACUCUCACAAGAGUUGGUGGUUAGAAACGCAAUAUUUUGCCGUUCUUUAUUGAACAGUUCUACUGUUCUGCUCCGUGACAUGGAAGACACUGUAUUAGCUACUUCAACGUUCUCUAAUGACACCAAGAUCAAGUAUUUUGUUAAUCCCGACAGGGGAUACAGAAGGAUGAACGAGCUAAAGAUUCUUCGUCGCCUGGAAGACCUCUCACUUUUGCAACAGUGUCCACGCUCAGAAGUGUUUCAAUCAUUAAAUGCUUCAGUGUUGGUAGCUGAAAAACCCAGCUUGGAAGAGGUGGUACGUGGCACACCCUGGUUGUCAGAGCCAGUACUUGGCAGACUCGUACAAAACUGUUACUAAUCGUAGAUGAACAGAUGAGCAUAUUAGUAUAGAAACUGUUGCAUGUGAAGCUAGUUUGUGUUACUGUCAGAAAGGCUGCAAUUAGUAGCAGGUAUUGUUGAUUUUUGUUAGUAAUGCUUAGGCUUUUCUUGAAGAAUGUCAUGAUAUGCAAGAGCA